AUGCCAACACUGGACGAUCUCCCCCAAGAGCUUCUGAACACUAUCCUAGGUCAUCUUGAAAGCGACCGUCAAGCCUUUGGAAAUGUCCGUCUUGUCUGGCCCUCUCUCGAGGCCAUAAUUCUCCCCCGCCUUUUCAGCGUGAUCCGGCUCUCCUUUCUGGAGAAACAUCGUCUUCAGUUCUUGGGAAUAUCGUCUUCGCCCCAUCUGGCGCUUCAUGUUCGGAUACUACGAUGGCAUUCACUAUGUCAUACAGAAGACUACCCCGAUAGCAUCGGUCUGGAUCAACUUGAAGCAUUUCUCUCUAGUGACGCCAUCCAUAAUUUUCGGCCACUGUUCUUGGAAGGUCUCGAUGCCAUGGUCAAUCUUAGAACCAUUACCACUAUCAUGUUGCAUCCCUCGCAGUCACGGGGCGCCCUUUGGCAUGAGGACGUGGCACUACGAAGCGUUCCAGAAUUUCCUUUCUCAAAGCUUGAUCUUCUUCAAGGCUUCGACAAUUUCCUUGUCCCAGCCAUGCUCCGCUACGGAUCGAAGGUCGAGUCUCUGCGUAUGUUGUGCAAGAGUGUGAUGCUUGACGAUCAAGAUCAAGGUCCAGAACAAGGCAGUGCAAAAGCCAUUCGGCCUGGGGAGGGUACGGGUAUCUUUGGUGAUCCUCCGUCAUACGAUAGAGCUUUGAUCGAAGCUUUCCGUUCACUCAGCGUCAGACUUGACUCCAUGGCGUUACGCAACGUGAAAGAGCUUGAUCUCUGCGCUACCUUUCCUUCAGCUACAUCAUGGGAGUUCCAACGAAGAGAACUACAGUCCAUGCUAGUCGACAGAGUCGCCGUCGCCAAGGAGCUCCGUGUCUUAUCCCUACGCUCAACAGACCUAGAGUCCGAACUUGAGCCCAACAGCAGACACUCAACUACCUUCCCAGGACUCUACCAGCUACAAUUCCAGUAUCUCACCACGCUCAAAUUCGUGAAUCUGGUAUUCUCCACUAAUGAGUUUAACUUGAUGAUCGCAACGCAUUCGGAGACGUUGAAGCACAUUCUUCUUUACAAUUGCGCCGGAAGCGACAACGGGCUGAUAGAAGUGGUCAGGUUUGCAGCUGAAGAUCCUCUUUUACGAUUGCAUAGAUUCUCAGUUUGCAUACCUGAGACAGUCGGUUUGGGGCCAUGGAAGAAAGACGAGACUGCUACGGCGCAGAUUAUACCUGAGCAAGAGAUCGUCGACUUCAUCAACAGCAAUGAAGCCAAGAAUGCGAUGUUGCCGGUAUCCAGAAGGGCCAUGGGACCUCCAGCCAAGGACCCGUUCAUGCAUCGUCAGCCCAUCGGCUCCGAUGAUUGGCAUUCGGUUCACAAACGCACCAUCCUGCCCAACAUGUCGAUAGUUGAUCACUAUGCGAAUUUAUGGGCGACUGCAGUGGAGAGUUCGGAGAGCUUGACGUCUGAGUGGCCACGAUGGGGAACUCUUCACUAUGCCUGUAAAGCGUGUCGUAGGCUUUCCGGUUAUGAGUAA